ACAUACAGAGCUCAGAGUUGUCUUUUGCAGUGCCAUGGCUUCUUCUGAUCAUGGCUGCUCUGCCUUCUUACCUCUCCUUCUCAUCUCUCUGUCAAUGCUAACCAUGAGCCAUGUAUGUUUGGGUGGGCGCUAUCUGUUGGAAGCAGCUGAUGAGACGAAGACUGCACCAGAGGAGGUGAAGCCACAUGAUCAACCCACUUUCCCAACAAUACCAAUCUUGCCCAAGCCUGAAUUCCCAACUCCGCCUGAAACUAAAUUCCCGGAGAUCCCCAAGCUCACUGAAGGUCAGCAUCUGCCUGAGAUGAAGUUCCCGGAAAUCCCCAACCCAUUUGAUCUUCAUCUUCCAGGGCUGCCCAAAUUGCCAGAGAUCCCCCAGCUGCCCAUGCCUACUCUUCCUGAGUUCCCAGUUAUGCCAAUGCCUACUCUUCCUGGAUUCCCAGCUUUCCCCAAGCCAACUCUACCUGGAUUUCCUGCUGUUCCCUAGAAGCCCACUUCAUCCUGAUGGUCACGUACGUCACAUACAGAGCCGGCCAUGCUUAGCUUGGCGCUAUUUGGCCUUCUUCACCAUUAGACUAAGACUCACUGUGUAUUUCUUGUCUUUUAUGGCUAUUUGGCCUUCUUCACCAUUAGACUUAGACUCGCUGUGUAGUUCUUGUCUUUUAUGGCUAAUUGGCCUUCUUCACCAUUAGACUUAGACUCGCUGUGUAUUUCUUGUCUUUUACGCAUGUAUGUGAGGUUGCCCACUGUAGCUCAUACUACUGUGUCCAACCCUUCUUUCUAAUCAGGGUUGCCAACUUACUUGGCAAAUUAUAAGUAAUUUCUGCAUAUGAUUGGCAGUAAUUGCCUUGUAUUCGGCAAUAGUGCGCCUGUUAAGCACCAAC